UUUUAUUUACGGAUGUGGUUUUCCUCAGGAUGACGAGUAGUGUUUCUUCUCGUCUUUUGGGGGCAGUAGUGUGUACACUUACCACAGAAGAAGAGGAUGGUCGAAUGAUGGCGGUUGAUUUGACUCCUCGGUUUCGAAGGUUGAACAGCCAGACAAGAAGUUUCAGAGAAAAUACACCACAUGAUUUCUCAAGGCCUUUCGGGGCCACACAGCUCUGGCAAAACAUCAUCCAUGCCCUGCGGACUCAGGUGGAGGUGCGUCGCUACAGGAAACACCUCCGUGUUCACCCCGAAUGCUUCACUGGCUCGGACGCCGUGGAUGCAGUUCUCAGCUACUUAAUGCAGAAUGUUGUGUUCUGCACGAGCGAGGUUUCUCGCCUGAAAGCCGCCCGGCUCUGCCAGGCUCUGAUGGAGGCCAAGGUGUUUGAGCCGGUAGGCACGAAGCUGUUUCGCAGAGACAAGGAGGCAACCUUUGAGGACAGCAAUGGCAGCCUUUACCGUUUUGUGGAACAGAAGACAAUAAAUGGUAUGGCCAUGAAGGCGGAGGGCAGUGAUGCAGAAAACAUGUUGCUAGAUGAACCUGAAACAAAAAGGAAAAAGAUCUCAAGGCUUAAUGAAAUGAGGACGAUCUCCAACCCUCUGGCCGUCGAGCCUUCAGACAGGAGGGUUGAACGGCUUUUCAGAACCAUCAACCUGCAAACGUCCUUUUCUCCGGUUAUGAACACAGCACCUACAGCUUCCAGCUUCCUGUCUAAAGCUGUGGUGGAUGAGGUUUGGAAGCAGCAGACCCUGCUGCAGCUGCUGCUGAUCAUAGAGCUGCCGGUGUUGGACUGUAUUCUCACUUCUCCUGAAAGGGUUCGACCUAGAGCCUGCAGGGCUCCACUGGCCAAUUACGACCUGGUUAUCUCUAACACUUACCUGGAAAGAAACCUACAUGACACGCUCAGCCUGCUUGAGCUGGAUUCAUGGUUGUCAGCAGCAGCAGACUGCCUGGAGCUGUUUCCAGACCAGCUGAUUAUGGUCACAGGGGAACAUCUCAGCCAGCAAAAUGGUAACAAUGCAGAGCGGAUUGCCAACCAGAAGAGACUGCUCUUUGACACUAUUUCCAAGUACUACAACGGACAGGAAAAAGCGGCGUUGAUAUCAGGACGCUACCUGGAUAUACAUGUUGCCAUUCUGAAUUUACUGGAUGAUGGGAAGACGCAGGACGCCAUCAGAGCGUCUCAGCUGUGUUUGCGGCUGCUGGAGACGAGUGUGAGGGAUGAACUGAGAAGACUGCUGGCUUUCAUGGCUGUAGCAGCUCAGUCGGGUGCCUGUCGCAUCCAGAAGCAGGCCGAUAACAGGACUUUGGUCUGUCGCACUUUUCAGAGAGCUCUUGUUCAGAACCAUGAACUCACUCGACCCCAGAGUGAAACCCUGGUACUGUUUCUCAUGGACCAUCAUGCUGAACUCUUUAAGACUCCUGCAACACUUAUUGAAGCGGUAAGAAGAACUUUAUGGACUUUGCAGCAGGGAAAGGACCCAGACUCAGUUGCUACCUUCACUUUCUGCCAGCGGGUAACCCCGCAGGAGUACGAAGACCAACGUGAGGCCACCACUUUGGAAAGCCUCAGACAACUCCUCCGGGACAUUUCAACGAGCAAGAGCAUCGCUGCCAAGGAGAGGAGGAAGCUGCUCAAGGAGUUUGAAAAACAUCACCCAGUGGUCUUCCUCCAGCAUUUUUCUAGGUCCUUCUAAAACAAGUACUGGUGUGAGGUCCAAUAGCAAUAACAGGAAUGCAAACAUCUAAUGUCUGGUUUAAAUAAAUUGAAAUAUUUUGAGCUAAACAUUGUAGAUAGUUGUCUCUUCAUCAAAUAAUGUUGAAGCAAAAAAGAAGUUUAAUAUGAUUAUUUUAAAUUUAGUUUAUUAUAGUUGACGCUUUGUUUUUGAGCCAUGUUUUAGGAAAGCAGCUCAUGAUGCUGAAACGGACACGGGAAGAAGUUUUUCUUAUUAGAAGCUGGAUUUGGGCACACCCGUGUUUGGCUUUAAAUGGAGGUUCUUAAUGUGCCCUUCCUUACUGUGCACUUUUAUAAAGCAUUUAUAUGUGGAUAUAUAAGUGGAGGAAAAAAACACAUCUGUAGCUGAUCUUGUGUUAUUUCAUCAAACGGUGGUAGAAAAGGACUGAAGAAUAAUGUCACUGAAGUUUGUGGUAUGAAUCACAUUUUUUAAGAGUUUUACAUUAGAUUUCAAUGAAAUGAAAGGGUAGAAUAAUGUGUUAGGAUGAUUGUAGCUCAGGGUAACAUUUAAAGUUUUAAUUCUAGGUGUUUUUGAGGACAUUUAGUGCGACUAACUCAAAUGUUUAUAAUUUAAACUUCACUAAACACUACUUGAAUUGAUCAAAAAGAAUGUGUUUUGACUUGGUAUAAUUUUAGACUACUAAUUAAAAAUUUGGUGAAAUGUGACAAUUCCGUUGAAUUUUUGUUUUAUUUUUAUAAAAUUAUGUUGAUAGAACCAUUGUUUACUCCUGGUUCUCAUUUCUUGUCAUUUGUCAACACUAAAAUCAGGACAGAAUGCACUUUAAGAUGUUGAAACAUGUACCAGUACAUGCAAUAAAAGCUGUUUUGUCAAAUAGGA